CGAACUGUGUACUAGUCGGCGCUGCACUGUCCUUUUCUGUGCCUUUUGUCCUGUUUAGUAAUUAUUGUACUGUCUUGCCCUGCUUGUACUCGUUCACACAUGAUCACUUUAUGCAGUCCUGUAUCGGUAGGAGGACCAGCUAUAUACUGUAUGGUUGAAAUAAAGCCACUUAGCUUGACUUGACUAACUGGCAUCUCAUCCAGGGUAUAUUCCCACCUAGCACCAUAUCCCAGGAUAGGCUUAGAUGAAGAUGAAUGCAUAAAUGAAAAUAAAAACAAGAUUAACUAGGUGUGGCAGUUCAUUAAAAGACCGGACUGUGCUGAUGUGGAAGUGCAUAACCAGUAUGCUGCGUUUUUUUUUUGUUGUUGUUGUUGUUUUUUGCCGAUGGGUCUUUGGGAGGGUUUUGUUUCUAGUAAAACCAACACACCACACUUUCACCAUGCUCACUGGAAUGAGGAAGAAGCCUACAGUUGUUUGGGACAUUUUGACCUGCGCCUUUGAACUCCAAAACUUUGGAUUUUCUGGAUUGUACACAUGAAGAACAUUUCUUCCUAAGACGAAGGAUACAGGACUAUAACCAUGCUGCAGCAGAUUCUCAGUGACAUGUACAUCGAGCCGGAGCUGCUGGCCGAGCUGAACGAAGAGCAGAAGCAGGUUCUCUUCUUUAAAAUGAGAGAAGAACAGGUCCGCAGGUGGAAAGAGAGAGAAGCACGGCUAGAGAAGGAGGAGGCUAAAACGGUGAAGCCCAAAAGAGUCUCAGUGAAGACUGUAUCGUGGAUGAAGGCGUCAGACAAUGACGUGUGGGUGUGGGUGAUGGGAGAGCAUCCUGACGAUAAACCUUAUGACAAGAUCUGCGAUGAGAUCAUGGCUGAGAGGGCGGCAUUACAGGCCCAGAAAGAAGCAGAGGAGCUCAGGGCCAAGAAAGAAGCUGAACUGGAGAAACGUUUCUCUGGUUUGUAUAUGGAAAGCGAGGACGCUGCUAGGCAGGAAGAAGCCCGAAAGGCAGCUGCCCUGGAGAAGAGCCGAAAAGAGGAUUUCAAGAGGGGGGAGGAGGAGGAAAGACGAAAAGCCGAGGAGGAGGUCAGGAGGCUCAAGGAGGAGCGGGAGCAGCAGAUCUACAUGAACAUGAAGGAACUACAGUGUCAACGGAAAGGCCAAGACAAAGAGGAGAAAGCCUGGCAGGAUUCAUUGCGGAAAUCUAAAGCAGCUGACCAGCGGAGACGUUCUCUGGCCAAGCAGACGAGGGAGGAUCACCGCAGGCGUUCUCUAAAGGCAGUGGAGAGAGGUCGAGUGGCGGCCAUCACCAAGGCCUUUGGAGGAGAGAAACCGGUUGCUGCACCUAAACCCAAACCCAGAAACCUCACUCUCAGUAAUGAGCCUCUUCAAAGGAGGGCCGGGGUACGUCGUUCAUUGUCAUCGUCCAGCCGGAAGGAGAUUAUCCGCUGGUUCAGAGAGGAACAGUUGACCCUCAGAGUUUGUUUCCAAGACGACGACAGCCGCAUCGCUCCCUGGUUCCACGGUAUAAUCUCACGCCAGGAGGCUGAGGAUUUGCUGAGCAAGGGCAGCCCUGGAGCUUUCUUGGUCCGUGUUAGCGAAAGGAUUUUCGGAUAUGUUCUAUCUUACCAAAGCCCGGACGGAAUCAAGCACUUCCUCAUUGAUGCCACAGACAGCUGCUACAUGCUGCUAGGAGACCAGAUCAAGUUCGCGUCUCUGGGAGAGUUGGUGGAGUACUAUAAGGAAGAGCCUUUAACUCCCUCUGGAGGUGAUCAGCUGCUACACGUGUGUGGACAGAAACCCGGCACUCUGGACUACGCUGAUCUCUUCACCUGAAGCCUGCAGCUCUGUAGCUCAGUGAGCCAUGGUACAGGAGAUCUAAAUGCACAUGCAUGCUCUUAUGAGAUUUUGCUGCACACAGUCUACAGGCAUGGAGAACUGUAUAUUGAACAAACCUGAAGUGGGUGGUUACGCUGCAGUUCACAGUAUGCAGGCUCCAUUUACCCAUCCACACAUGCACAAAUGACCAUGCUGAAAAGAUAUGAAGGCACAAUAUGCACUUUUGAUAACAAGGCUGCAUUUUGAAGGAUUUAGAGUCAGGAUGAGGAUAAUCUGUGCCUCAUAACUCAUGUGUUCCACUUAUUAACUUUGGUAGUAUUCAAGCAAGCUGCUACUGUAAGUAAAUUCAUGUGUUUUAUGAACUUCCUGUUCAAGUCCGUCGCAACCUUGCGACAGCUUCCCAAUCUAGCCGUGAGAAUGAUUUCAAUACGUUCUUUUGUAACAGGAGUUCUUAAAAGACUAU